AUGAGUGUUACUGAGCCCCCUGCUGACCGGGAGGAGAGACUGCGCUACAAGUAUGCUAAUGUAGCAUGUGAGUUGUUGACAUGCGAUGUGUCCCUCAUCAAUGAUAAAGUUGGUGGGGACGAGUCUCUGCUGAACACACUCUAUAGUUACCUAGAGCAGACGUCACCGCUGAACCCUCUACUGGCCUCCUUCUUCAGUAAGACCUUCGGGAACCUCAUCACCCGCAAAACAGAGCAGGUGAUCGGUUUCCUAAAGAAGAAGGAGGAUUUUAUAGGGCAGGUGUUGAAACACUUGGACACGUCGGCCAUGAUGGAUCUAGUGCUGCGUCUCAUUAGCAGCGUGGAGCCCGCCUGUCUCAGACAGGAAGUGCUUACUUGGCUGAAUGAAGAGAGGCUGAUCCAGAGACUCAUUGAGCUGAUACACCCUCACAGUGACAGUGAGAGGCAGUCAAACGCAUCUCAGACGCUGUGUGAUAUCAUCCGUCUGGGCAGAGAUCAGGCCAGUGUGCUGCAGGAGACGUCAGAGACCGACCCUCUGCUCACAACACUAGAGCUACAGCAGAGCAUUGAGGUCCUAUUGAAGAACAUGUUUGAAGGGGAAAAGAGUGAAGUGUGCAUUGUCAAUGGAACUCAAGUUUUACUCACACUGUUGGAAACGCGUAGACCAUGUGUUGAGCAGGUGAUUGACCCGUGCUCUCAGGGAUUGGAAAAGACUUACACUGUAAACAACAGCAUUUUAAUGGGCAUCCAAACACAUCUAAAGCACUUUCACCACCUUCUGUUAAACCCACCCAAGAAAUGUGUGAUGUUGACCACGAUGGGCAUUCUGGAGGAACCGUUUGGCAACGCACGACUGCAUGGGUCCAAACUGAUGGCGGCUCUCUUGUACACCAGAGCUCCCAGAAUCCACCACGAACUCUGCCAACUGAACAUGAUCAACCUGCUGCUGGUUAUUACACUACUGAGGGACUGCAGGCUGGUUCAGAGGAUUUUGGAUGCUUGGGAAGAAAAUGACAAAAUACAGGAAGCUGGAGGCAUGAGAAAAGGCUAUAUGGGUCAUAUGACCAGGAUUGCAAACACAGUGGUGCAGAAUGCAGAGAGAGAACAGGAACAGACCCAAAUCGCACGGCUAAUAAAAGAGCUACCAGAGGACUAUAAAGCACGCUGGGAGCAGUUUGUGAAUGAAACUCUAACAGAAACUAACAAGAAAAACACAGCAGACCUGGUGUUCUCAGAUUAUCAGAUCCAGCAGAUGACGGCGAACUUUGUUGAUCAGUUUGGACUGAAUGAUGAUGAAUUCGGAGAGCAUGACGGCAGCAUCAGGACAGAGCUACCAGAGGACUAUAAAGCACGCUGGGAGCAGUUUGUGAAUGAAACUCUAACAGAAACUAACAAGAAAAACACAGCAGACCUGGUGUUCUCAGAUUAUCAGAUCCAGCAGAUGACGGCGAACUUUGUUGAUCAGUUUGGACUGAAUGAUGAUGAAUUCGGAGAGCAUGACGGCAGCAUCAGUGCCACGUUCGAUCGAAUCACGGAGAUCAACUUUAAACUGGUUGAUGAAAGGACGAGCUCUGCCAUCUUUGAGACUCGCACAAAGGAGCGAAUCCGACCGUUUGAUGAUGCUGAGGAGGAGGAAGAUAUUUGGGAGGAUAAAGAAAUCAACUAUGCAACACAAGUGAAAGCCAGAAGCAGGUUUGGAUUGGUGACAAACGCUCAGAAGAGUGAGGCGGAUGGUGGCUCUCGCAGAUGUCUGGGGUCACCUGACAUUGAGUGGUUUCCGGAGACCAAACUAACUCCAGAAAAGACCAAGAACCACGACACGGCCAAGCAGUCCAGUGAUCCGCAGAGUCCUGGAUGGAUAGCGAGUUUUGAAGAUGACUUCAGCUGUCGGGAUUUCGUGAGUGUCGCCAUGGAUACGGGCUCUGGCGUGUGGGGGAGCUCUAACGCCCAGCUCAGUGAGACGGAGGAAAAGGGAUGGGCGACUUUCACGGACUUUCAGCCCUUCUGCUGUUCAGAUGCAGGACCCAGAUGCAGUUCACCUGUGGACUCGGAAAAUCCAAACAAACAGAGCCAAAAUGAAGAAAUUAAAGGCUCAUCAGCGUGUGUGUGGAGUGUGUGUGGGGCGAGGAAGGCUCCGCUGGUGGCGUCCGACAGCAGCUCCAGUGGGUCAGACAGUGAGGAAGAGGAGGACAGAACCAAUGCCAACCAAUGCAUCGCCACGGCCAAUGCCAAGGAGGGCGUUAAACUCAGUGUAGAUGCAAAAAAUAAGAAAGCAGUCUUCAUCAGUGACACUCAUGCCAGAGCAACAGGUGGCAUGGCAACAGAUGUCAUAGCAACAGGAACCAUCACUGGUACUCAGUCGUCCAAGGAGCAGAACCCUGUCUUGUUCUACAGGGGCGACUCCAGUAGUAACGGCCCAGUGUAACAGCGUUUCACUCGCCGCUCGCCUCCAUCCCCAUGACAGUUGUUACUCCACCCAUUAAAUGUUAAAAGCUGUGGCUUCCCCGUUUUCAAACAUUCGCUGCAUUUGCUGUUUCCAUCCAUCUGCUGUGUAGUUACGUGGGUUUUUUUGGUUUGAGCAUGAGCGGAACUCUAGAUGAUCUCUGUCUUUCCUAAUGAAGACAUCUUCACUGUUGGGAACACUGACCUUUGAACCCUGUGAGAUCGGCCCCACUACAGUCUGUGUAUGUGUGUUUGUUGAGCGUUGUGGAACUACAAUAUAAUGCACAUCCACAGGUGAAUUCUCAUGUAUGCAUAAAUAUGCUUGGUACAUCAACAAGCGUGAUUUAUAGUGUUGUUUUUAUGUUUCUGUUUUAUAUUUUCCACUUAGAACAAGGCAAGAGAUCAAGUCUGUGUGAGAGAGUGUGUGUGUGUGUGUGUUCUGUCUUGAUCGAUAUCUCGGUUUGCUGUAGCCCUUGGGCCCGGUACUGAUUUGAUUUCAGUACUGAUUUGUUUGCACUUAUGUUUCCAGCUCCGCCCACCAUCCACACAAACACAUAUAUGAGCAAAAAUAAUUGGGAGCAGGUCACAAUAUUUUUGUUUUGUUGAAGGCUGUUUUUAUAUAAAAGUAUGGAAGCUUGUCUCCACCCCAGCAAAUUUCAAUCUCACUAUUCUGACUUUUUUCCCCCUCA